AUGAGGAACUUGAUUGAUCAGGCUCCUGGUAUAUACUCCUUGGAGUUAGGACUCAAUGGGGAUGGUCAUUUGCUAUGGAACUCAACCGUGGCGUAUUGGUCCAGCGGAGACUGGAAAGGCCAUUAUUUUGGCCAAUUGCCGGAGAUGACAGGCUCUUUCAUGCCAAAUUUCACAUUUUUCCACAAUGACCAAGAGGCUUACUUCAUAUACACCUUGUCUGAUGAGACGACGAUGAUGCACGCUGGAAUAGAUGUAUAUGGAAGAGGUUUGGUGGGCAUAUGGUUGGAGGAAUUGCAGGACUGGUUUAUCUAUUACAGGCAGCCUGUAGUGAAUUGUGAUGUGUAUGCAAUUUGUGGACCUUUCACAAUCUGCAAUGACAAUAAGGAUCCGUUCUGCGACUGUAUGAAAGGCUACUCCAUAAGAUCACCGAAGGACUGGGAGCUUGAUGAUCGAACAGGAGGGUGCAUGAGGAAUACUCCUUUAAGUUGUGGUGCUGGUAAGGACAGGACAGGUCUCACAGAUAAGUUCUACCCUGUGCAAAGCAUUAGGUUGCCUCACAAUGCAGAAAAUUUGCAGGCUCCUACCAGUCGAGAAGAAUGCUCACAGGUUUGUUUGAGCAACUGCUCUUGCACUGCAUAUUCCUAUGGGAAUGGUGGCUGCUCCAUUUGGCAUGAUGAGUUGUACAAUGUAAAGCAAUUAUCUGAUGCUUCUCCAAAUGGGGAUGAGGGGGUUCUUUACAUUCGACUUGCUGCAAAAGAGUUGCAAAAUUCACAAAGGAAGAUGAGUGGAAAAAUAAUUGGUGUUGCCAUUGGUGCGAGCAUUGGCGUUUUGUUUUUGAUGAUCCUUCUACUGAUAGUUUGGAAGAGUAAAGGGAAAUGGUUUGCUUGCACACAGGAAAAGCCUGAGGAUGGUAUUGGGAUCACUGCAUUUCGAUAUACUGAUCUGCAACGCGCAACUAAAAACUUUUCAAAUAAGUUGGGGGGAGGCAGUUUUGGUUCUGUGUUCAUGGGGUACCUAAACGACUCUACCAUCGCAGAGAAAAUGCUUGAUGGAGCCCGUCAAGGAGAGAAGCAAUUCAGGGCUGAAGUAAAUUCAAUUGGAAUCAUUCAACAUAUUAACUUAGUUAAACUGAUUGGGUUUUGUUGUGAAGGUGAUAAUAGGUUACUUGUGUAUGAAUACAUGCCAAACUGCUCCCUUGAUGUGUGUUUAUUCGAGGCUAAUGAUAUAGUUUUGGAUUGGACUACUAGGUACCAAAUUGCCAUUGGAGUUGCCAGAGGCCUUGCCUAUUUGCAUGAUAGUUGUCGGGAUUGCAUCAUACAUUGUGAUAUCAAGCCAGAGAAUAUACUUCUUGAUGUGUCUUACAUGCCUAAAAUUGCAGAUUUUGGAAUGGCGAAGAUGUUGGGGAGAGAAUUUAGUCGUGCUAUGACUACAAUGAGAGGAACAAUUGGAUACAUAGCUCCUGAAUGGAUUAGUGGAACAGUUGUUACAUCCAAAGUAGAUGUUUAUAGCUACGGGAUGGUUUUGUUUGAAAUCAUAUCAGGAAGGAGGAACCGAAGUCAUGAACAUUUCAUGGAUGGUGAUUAUUCCUUCUACUUUCCCAUGCAAGUUGCACGCAAGCUUCUCAAAGGAGAGAUUGGAUGUCUUGUGGAUGCCAAUUUGGAAGGUGAUGUUAACCUCAUGGAGGUUGAAAGAGCUUGCAAAAUUGCAUGUUGGUGCAUUCAAGAUCACGAAUUUGAUCGGCCAACAAUGGCCGAGGUGGUACAGUCCCUUGAAGGUCUACUUGAGCUCAACAUGCCUCCACUGCCAAGACUACUAAGGCAGCGUUCGUUUGGACGACAUUGAGGGAGAAAGCACCUCGUUUUCCGCACGCACGCUUUACAAACUAUUAAACGGU